ACAUGAAGAGAGGAGAUAGAAGUGAUGGAGGGAGAAUCUGUCACUCUAGAGCCUGCUGCUGAAAUAAACAAAGAUGAUUUGAUACUGUGGCUGUUUGAAGAUAAAGAGCUGCUCAUGUUCAAAAGAGAGACCGGAGAGAUCUUUACAUAUGAUCGUGUUGCUGGUGGGAGAUUCAAAGACAGACUGAAGCUGAACAAAAAGACGGGAUCUCUGACCAUCAGAAACACCAGAACUGCACACUCUGGACUCUAUAAACUACAGAUCAUAUCCAGUAGUGGUGUUUUAGACCAGUCAUUUAUUGUCACUGUCAAAGAUAAAGUGGAGGAGAAAUCAGUGAAUGAGGGAGAAUCUGUCACUCUAAACCCUGAUACUGAAAUACAAAGAGAUGAUCAGAUCCUGUGGAUGUUUGGAGAUGAAGACGAUCUCAUUGCUCAAAUCAAAGGAGGGACUGGAGAUGACAUAUGAGGUGCUAAUGAGAGAUUUAAAGAUAGACUGAAGCUGGACAAUAUGACUGGAUCACUGACCAUCACAAACAUCUCAACUGAACACACUGGACUCUAUAAACUACAGAUCAGCAGCAGCAGCAGAGGGAUCUUGUACAAGAAAUUCAAGGUUUCAACAGAAUUGACAGAUAAAGUGGAGAACAAAGUAGUGAAUGAGAGAGAUUCUGUCACUCUAAACCCUGAUACUAAAAAUACAGAAAUACAGGAGGAUGAUCUGGUCCUGUGGAUGUUUGGAUAUAAUAACAAUGUCAUUGCUCAGAUCAGAGGAGGGACUGAACAGACAUACGAUGGAGAUAGAAAGAGAUUCAAAGAUAGACUGAAGCUGGACAAGACGACUGGAUCACUGACCAUCACAAACAUCUCAACUGAACACACUGGAUUCUAUAAACUACAGAUCAUCAGCAGCAGCGGAGGGAUCUUGUACAAUAAUUUCUCUGUUUUAAUACAACCUGUGACCAAUAAAGUGGAGGAGAAAUCAGUGAAUGAGAGAGAUUCUGUCACUCUAAACCCCCAUACUGAAAUACAGAGAGAUGAUCAGAUUCAGUGGAUGUUUGGAGAUGAAAACGAUCUCAUUGCUCAGAUCAGCGGAGGGACUGGAGAGACACGUGAUGGAGAUAAAAAAAGAUUCAAAGAUAGACUGAAGCUGAACAACACGACUGGAUCACUGACCAUCACAAACAUCUCAUCUGAACACACUGGACUCUAUAAACUAAAGAUCAUCAGCAGCAGCAGAGGGAUCUUGUACAAGGAAUUCAAGGUUUCAGUACAACUGGAGGAGAAAUUAGUGGAUGAAGGAAAAUCUGUCACUCUAAACCCUGAUACUGAAAUAAAGGGGGAUGAUCAGAUCCUGUGGAUGUUUGGAGAUGAAGACGAUCUCAUUGCUCAAAUCAGAGGAGAGACUGUAAAGAUAUAUGAUGGAGCUAAAAAGAGAUUCAAAGAUAGACUGAAGCUGGACAAGACGACUGGAUCACUGACCAUCACAAACAUCUCAACUGAACACACUGGACUCACUGGACUUUAUAAACUACAGAUCAUCAGCAGCAGAGGGAUCUUGUACAAGAAAUUCUGGGUUUUUAUAAAAUUGGAGGAGAAAUCAGUGAAUGAGGGAGAUUCUGUCACUCUAAACCCCCAUACUGAAAUACAGGAGGAUGAUCAGAUUCAGUGGAUGUUUGGAGAUAAAAACAUCUCAUUGCUCAGAUCAGCGGAGGGACUGGACAGACACGUGAUGGAGAUAAAAAGAGAUUCAAAGGUAGACUGAAGCUGAACAACACGACUGGAUCACUGACCAUCACAAACAUCUCAUCUGAACACACUGGACCCUAUAAACUAAAGAUCAUCAGCAGCAGCAGAAAGAUCUUGUACAAGGAUUUCAGUGUUUCAAUAAAAUGUAAGUAACUGUCUUUCAGUUUAUUUUGUAAAAUGUACACAAGUGUAAGAGUGAUGAUGCACUGAAUGAACAGUUUUACACUGAACUGAAUUUUAAUAGGCAAAGGUGCACAUUAUAGUGUGUAAAUGUAUUUUCACA